AUGGAGAAUUUUCAGGCCAUUCAGCCUGUUGGUGAGGGGGCUUAUGGGGAAGUUUGGAAAGCUUUUGAUCAGCGCUCGGGUGAGGUAGUUGCCAUCAAGAAGUUACGAAGAAGUUAUUAUUCUUGGAAGGACUGCAUGAAUCUUAGAGAAGUAAAAUCACUAAGCAAGAUGAAGCAUCCCAACAUUGUCAAGCUUCAAGAAGUUAUUAAACAACAUGAUUCUUUAUACUUUGUCUUUGAGUACAUGGAAACCAAUCUUAAUCGGAUUAUUCGUCAAAGGAAGUCUUUCUUCACAAACCUUGAGGUGAGAAGCUGGUGUUUUCAAAUUCUUCUGGGUCUCAACCACAUGCACCAGAAAGGUUAUUUCCAUCGUGACUUAAAGCCUGAAAACCUGCUUGUUUCUGAGAACGUAAUGAAGAUCGCUGAUUUCGGGAUGGUAAAGGAGAUAGAUUCUGAGCCAUCGUACACUGAGUAUGUUACAACUCGCUGGUAUCGAGCACCUGAAGUGAUAUUAAAGUCUAGCAAUUAUAACAGCAAAGUUGAUAUGUGGGCUGUGGGUGCAAUAAUGGCUGAGAUGUACGCAUUGCAUCCUAUCUUUCCUGGAAAAGAUGCAGCUGAUCAGAUGUUCAAGAUUUGCAGAGUUUUAGGUUCUCCAACUCAGGAGACUUGGCCAGAAGGAUUAGUUUUGGCAAGAAGUUUAGGCUAUCAAUUUCCAGAGUUACCGGGAGUUAACUUGUCAAAGUUCAUGCCAUCUGCAAGUGAGGAUGCUAUCAGUUUCAUUUCAUGGCUUUGUUCUUGGGAUCCUUUAAAGAGGCCAACAGCUGCCCAAGCUUUACAGCAUCCUUUCUUCAGGAAUAAUGGCUUCUGGGCUCCUGUUUCUUUUCUUGGUGCACCUCCAGGAUUUGAAGUGCCAAGGAGAGCAAUGAAGAUGGAAAAUAAGGUUUCAGAUUUUGACAAAGUCAUUGGUCCUCGGAAGUUGCAGUGUGCUGGGCGCCUGAAGCCGCAUCUUAUGAUGAAGACAGGAGUAGGAUUGCAAUGCUGA